AUGGCUUCUAGAACCGACAUCAGCGACGAUGAAACCCUUCGUCAAAAGAUCCCAGACCCGAAACCGAAACAACGAUCACUGGUGAAUCUCAUCUUUGACAAUACACGAAUUGAUCAAGCCGUUGAGAACCACGAAUAUCCAGGAUGUGGCACAUUCGAAGACCCCUACGUCGUCAACUGGAUUCCAGAUGACACAGGGAACCCUCUGAAUUGGGACAAGUGGCUGAAGUGGACUAUCACCAUGGUCUCUGCUGCGACUUCUUUUGCUGUUGCUUUUAGCUCCAGUGCUUACACAGGCACCAUCGUGCCACUUAUGAUGCAUUUCGAAGCAAGCCAAACUCUUGUUACCGCUGGUGUCUCACUAUACGUCCUCGGCUUCGCUGUCGGACCACUCUUUUGGGCACCUCUCUGCGAGAUCUGGGGUCGACAAAUCAUUUUCGUGAUUAGCUACGGCAUGUAUGUUGUCUUUAGCGCGGCAUGCACAGCUGACCACGGAAUUGCCACACUCUUGGUCUUGCGCUUCUUCUGUGGAACAUUUGGCUCAUCGCCAUUGACGAAUGCGGGAGGCGUCAUCUCUGAUGUCUUUAGACCUGAUGAGCGUGCUAUUGCCAUGGCCUUCUUCUCUUUGGCCCCAUCUCUUGGACCGACUUUGGGUCCCUUCAUCGGAGGAUACCUCGCUGAAGGCCAAGGUUGGCAAUGGGUCAUGGGACUGAUGGCUAUCAUCGCCGGUGUAUUCUGGAUACUCGACAUGUGCUGUGCCCCCGAAACCUACGCACCUUAUAUACUUGGCAACCGAGCAUCUGUCCUCUCGAAAAAGACCGGCAAGGUGUACAAGUCCAUCUACGAACACCAAGGGAAGGCCGAUCCUCCAAACGUGGUUCUCAAAAAGGCUCUCAUCCGACCAUGGCUUUUGCUCUUCCUUGAACCAAUCGUUCUUUUACUCUCUACAUAUAUCGCCAUUCUAUUCGGCACACUUUAUCUCCUUUUCGGCGCAUAUCCUGUCGUCUUCCAAAUAGAACGAGGUUGGAGUGCUGGCAAAGGCGGUCUCGCAUUUCUUGGCGUUGCGAUCGGUAUGAUCGGAGCCAUUCCUGUUAUCGGACUGGUCAAUAUCUGGUACUUGAAGCAAGCCGCCAAAUAUAAAGGCGAGCCAGUUCCCCCAGAGAACCGUCUUCCUGGGUGUAUGCUUGGAGGCAUUUGCGUACCAGUAGGGAUGUUUUGGUUCGCAUGGACCUCUUACCCCGACGUGCAUUGGAUGGCGCCAGUAGCAGCCGGUGUUCCUUUCGGUCUCGGCAUGGCGCUCGUGUUCAACAGCAUCUUCAACUACCUCAUCGACUCGUACACCAUUUAUGCUGCUUCCGUCCUUGCAUCGAAUGCCGUGUUGCGAUCGAUGUUUGGCGCAGCGUUUCCAUUAUUCACAAAGCAAAUGUACGACAAAUUGGGCACACAGUGGGCAAGCACAGUUCCAGCUUUCCUUUCUCUUGCGUGUCUACCGAUGCCUUUUAUCUUCUUCAAGUUUGGUCCUGCGAUUCGACAACGUUGCAAAUAUUCUGCAAAGGCGGCACAGGCGACGGCGAUGGCUGCAAAAGCAUAA